GCAGCCUCCGCCGGGCGGAGCAGCAGCAGCCGCCGCUCCCCGGCUCCGCUGCCGCUGGGUCCUCCCGCGGGGAGGGCGAAGCCAAGGAGCGGUGCGAGGUGCAGGUACUGGAAGGUUCAGGCCUGAGGUUUUCCUGCCCUCUCCGUAGCCACUGCCUGGUGCUGCCCUGAGAAGAAGCAGCAGCAGGUAAGGCAGACACUACCCUGAGGAGAAGCAGCAGGAAGGCAGCAGCUGCUCCGUGGCUGUGCAACUUGUCUUGUGUGAGAUUUGACCCGAGACUUGUCACGGGGUGAGACUUACUGCGAGACCUGCUGUGCUGCCUUGUGCCAGCCGCUAUGGAGACCCUGUCCCAGGACUCUCUGCUGGAGUGCCAGAUUUGCUUCAACUACUACAGCCCGCGCCGGCGGCCCAAGCUGCUGGACUGCAAGCACACGUGCUGCUCAGUGUGCCUGCAGCAGAUGAGGACCAGCCAGAAGGACCUGCGCUGCCCCUGGUGCCGCGGGAUCACCAAGCUGCCACCGGGGUACUCUGUGUCACAGCUGCCUGAUGACCCUGAGGUGAUCGCCGUCAUUGCAAUCCCCCACACCUCUGAGCACACCCCUGUCUUCAUCAAACUCCCCAGCAAUGGGUGCUACAUGCUGCCCUUGCCCCUCUCCAAGGAAAGGGCGCUACUGCCUGGAGACAUUGGCUGCCGCCUCCUGCCUGGCAGCCAGCAGAAGUCCCUGGCGGUGGUGACAAUCCCACCGGAGCAGCAGCCACUGCAGGGUGGCCUUCCCACUGAGGGGGGAACAGAGGAGCCGGACCGGAGAGGCGUUGUGAAAAGCUCCACCUGGUCGGGGGUUUGCACUGUGAUCCUAGUGGCCUGCGUCCUAGUCUUUCUCCUGGGCAUCGUCCUCCACAACAUGUCGUGCAUUUCCAAGCGUUUCACAGUGAUCUCCUGCGGCUGAGGCGGGCAGAGGUGUGUGUUCCCUGGGGGUUGGGUCAGUGGUGGUAUGGAGUGAGACAAUUCAGCGCAACUUUGCCCAGUGACUGCAGAACCGGGGCAGCAGUGCGCCAGCCCAGCCACAGCCCCCGUCAGUGUGGCGUCAGGCCUGUCGGCAGCGUGCGGAGCAAAUCACGUCCCGUGUCUGGCGGCAGCGGCACUGAGGAGGACUGCAUGCGUCACCAUAAUCAUUUAUCAAAGGGACUGCAAAGUACAGUGAUUUUUUUUCUUAUUGUGUUACGAGAUUAAAGACAUCUAUGUAGCUGGUUAUACUGUAAAGUAUAUGGAAUGAGCUCUACUUUAAACAUAGUAGAUUAAAAUCAAAACUGCUCCAUGUAGAAUUGAAAGAGAAUUGGUGCGUGAAUCUGUACAAGGUGUUCAAUACCAGUCCACACAUGCAUUAUUUUUUAAUGGGGGGAGGGAAUGAGACUUGUAAAACCAAGAAAUCACUUAGCUGGUAAAGCAUUUUGUAUGUUUUAAACUGCACACUAAUUAAACCAAGUCAGAGAGUUGUACAAUAGUUUUUAAAUCGAAAUGUUUUGCAAGCAAUCAUUUUGUUCUGUGAUGUAUGUUUUUUGCCUCUCUUUUUUUUUCACCCAUUUUUUUCAGCUGUAGGGAAGUGACACUUCCAGCAUCUUCUAUUUGAAGGAGCUAUUAGUGAAGAAAUGGGUCAUAAGAAGUCCUAGGACUCCUCCUGAAAAGUUGUGAUAGCAGAUUGUUCUGUUUCACCUUCUAAAGCUUAGGUUUUCCUAAUUGUUUUUAAAGCAUUCGGAUCUAUUUUGCCUCCCUCUUUCCUAGGAGAUGCAACUGUGCACCCAUGGAUAGUGUGUGACAGAGGAUUUCCCCUAAGGAAGCCUUACCAUCCCAACAAGCCAAGGACCUUUACAUACAAUUAUGUAGUAAGAGGCUAUGAGAGUUGCUGGGUGGAGAACCCAUGGCAACCUAACUCUACUGGGUGGGCUCCCCUCCUACAUCGCUGUGGCUGUGGUGCCAAACUAUCUGGGUGAGCAUAAUGGAGCCUUUUCCCACAUUUCAGUGUUAUAUGUGUUGGUGUUCAUGAGGACAGAUUUGAAAAAUCCCCCCAGGAAUUGUCUCCCUCCACCCAUGAGUGUUGUGAAACCCAAUGAAAGUCGUUUGCAGUUCAGUUCCUGGAAGGAGCCAAAUUCCUGAACCUUUGCUGCAGUGGCGCCUUGCUCUAACCAGUCCCAAUAGUUCAGAAGUAAAAUAGAGCUCAGUGUGAAUUUUGGUAUUUGACAAAGCUGAAAUUUGUGUGAGAUUUAAGAAUUGGAUCAAGGGGCAUAUGACAGACCUUUAAUAAGACAGAAAAAGCUAUUGAUUUGAACUGCUUCUUUUUGCAAGUACAAAGUGUAACCUCCCUGAAGCAUGACCUCUUGUCGUUUACCUACUGCUCUUUCUAGUAAUUAAUUAGAGAUUGCUCAGUGCCAUAUUACAACACUAGAGAACAUAGUUUUGAGCAUGCAGUGCUCAAGUUGGCCCUGUAGACGUCGGUGGUUUCCUGCUUAUAUCACAAAAUCCAGUUGCUGGUUCACAAUAAACAUUCCUAGCUAGGACUUCUGUCAGGAGCAUACCUCUAUCUUCAUGCUGGAUUCCUUCCCCUCCCUGUUCCCAAACUACAAUUUUCUUCCUUGAUUCCUGUCAACUGAAGAACAGCAUAUAUGGUGCUUGACUGUUAUGGUGUGUGUUGGUUCAUGUAUGGAGAGGAACCAUUGCGUUGAUUUUUAUCUACUGUCAUAUUUAUGCAUAGCACAGCAAAAAAAAAACAUAGAUCCUCAGAUUACACAUUCAAUGCCUUUUCUGUGUAAGGCCCAUGUGCAGUAUGCCUUGAACUUGGCUUACAAGUAUUGUAAUUACAUGGACACCUCUCCACAGCAUGUUUAAUUUGGUUGCAGUAGGGAACAACAGGUAUUCCAAAAUGUGUAUUGUGAAAGUGCUAGUCUCAUGUUGCGAGUAGGAAGCCAGAUUUCUGUGACAUCCACACUACGCUGCUUAUUGUGUAAAUGAAAGCCAGUUCACAAAAAAAUUCUUGCCUUUCUAAGACUCUUGAGGAUGUGACCAGAUACGGGACUCAACCCUCUACUGCCUUAUCCCCUAUAGAAAUUGCCAGGAGUACCAGGGGGCGUAUGGUAUAGCUGGAAAAUGCUCUGAGAACAGCACUGAUGCAUUUCUCACCAGCUUAUCCAAGUUGUCAAUGACCAUGAGGCAGUCAAAGAGCAGGCCCUGGGGCUACAGUGCUGAUACUGUUAACCUCCUUGGCUGUACCUGCCUGACUGAAGCUCUUGAAGCCAAGGUUUCUCUUGUGUUGCAAAGAAUGGCUGUCUUGAAAAGCACCCUUUCUGUCCCUACAGGGGAGGGUGCAGUAUGAAAGAGGAAUCAGAAAUUAGGUUAAAAUACUACACUGCAUAACACAUUAUGCAACAGGCAGACCUGGAGUUUAUCCGGUAUUAAUGACAUAACUAUUAUAUUAGACAAUACCAUCCUGUAUUAUCACAGUCCAUUGUUUCAUUAAUAUGAAUUUCCUGUACUUUUCUUGCCUGCUGAAAUGCAUGUUUGACCUAAUUUCUGAUCCAGACAUUUGCUUGCUCACAGCCUUGUGUAAGAGCAAUAAGUAAAACCUCAAGAUUUUUGCCUGUGUGUGCACGCAUGGUGUGUACCUUCAUCUCGUUUUAUAACUAGGGGUUCCAGAGAUAUUUUCGCUCUGGCUUUAGACUGUGACUAUCAUUUUAAAUUUGCAGCUGCCAUAUCAUGUUGGAUCACCUAGCUUUAUUGCUGACUUGUGUAGAAGUGAACUAAAUAGUUCGUUGUAAUGUACAGUGUUAAAAUGUUUCUCGAGUAUGUCAAUAGUCAUACUACUUUAAAAAUGCAGUGCAGUCUGUCCCAUUCCUUGGUCCAAUACCUGACACCUAAAAGUGUGAUACUGCUAUAUACACCUCUAACUUUUUUUUUUUAACAGCCUUAUCUUUGUAAUUUUUCUCUGGAAAAACGCAUUAGGACUUGUAUCAAAAGAGUCAGGUUCUGGGCUAGGUUGUUCUCUAAUGUCCAGUAAGAAAUCAUUGCCCAGUUCCACCAAAAAAGAAAGAAACUUACUAUGACACAGUGCUAUUUGAGCAAUCAAAAUUUAUGUUAAAACUUGUGGGUAAUUACUCAAGCACCUGCAUUUUUAGAGCAAAUUACUCUGUAUGAAUGUAUAUUUAUUUGCUUGUUUAAUGGGAAGGAUGUGUGUGUUGGGAUCCAGCUUAAUUUUCUUUUAUAGAGGGCCCCAACUUCCAUUUUUGGCUUGUGCUUUGCUGGCAAACAGACUUUAGGGUUCACUCUGUGAAAUUUUGUUUAGUGAAUUUUAAAAAUUCAAAAUAUGCAAUUUGGGUAUGUGGGAUUUUUUAGAAAAUCUUGUGUUCAGUGAUUGUUCAUGCUUAACCAAGAUGUAAAAGAGACUGGAUGUUUUGUAAACAUGGAGCAAUCAUGAGUCCAAAGUUUCAUCUUUAUUAAUGAAGCUCAGUCUGAAUAAAGCAUUAGUGGGAAAA